UAUUCAAAGUUUCUUCUUUAGGCAUAACGUAGAUAUCUAAGAAAUGGUUGUCCACGCUUCAGGCACAGAGAAAGCUAUGCCACUCCCAACGGCAGGGAAAUAUCCGGACGGUGAGAAGUAUCAACCUUCGGCUCCGUCACUUCCACCCCUCCCGCCUUAUUCAACGGUGGUGCCAGUCAAAACAAGAAAACCACGAAAAUGCUGCAUGGUAUCCAGCAUCGUUUGCAACUUGCUCUUGUUGGCAGUUGUUAUUAUUCUGGGCAUCAUGAUGAUUACACACGUUAAGCGAAGUAAAUGCGCCAACGAAGUCCACAGAGCUACCCAGAGAUUGAACCAAAAAAACUAUGUCUACCAGAUUGAUGGAUGCAAGGUGAAGAACAUUAGGAAAAUGAGAAAAUUUCAGCAGAUAAUUGACUACAUAUUGGAAGAUAUCGACGAUGAUGACGAUGAAGAGAAAAAGACGUUUUACGAUGACGACAGAGUCAAAAGUCCAAGAGGUGGAGAAAGUCCCAGAAAGGGAAGAAGCGGAGGAUUAGGAUAGUAAUAAAAAUAUUUGUAAUAGUGUCUUUAUCGAUUUAAUUGUACAGAUCUUUGUGGAGAGUAUUGUAAAUUUGUUGAAUAAAAUACUAAGAACAGAUUUCCACAAUGUUA